AUGUCGGAUGUGUCGAACUCCUUCUCAGCUUGGGAGACCCUGCCGGAGGACGAACCUCCGCUGUGCAUCGCAGUUCGACGCCCAGUGUCACCUCCACGCCACAAUGAGGCGGAGGAGCGACCUAGUCAUCCGCUCCUCAAGCAACACAGCCUUUUCUUGCCAAAUGCUCAUAAAAUUGAGUUCGAAGCUGGUCGUAUUCACUGGAAUUAUAAAUUUUGGAUGUCCUUACAUCUUUCUUCCUUCAUUCGCAAAGUGCUUUUGAACGGUUAUUAUCCUAGAUGCAUUGAAGCUCCCAAACUAAUACGGCUGAGAGAAAAUUCCUCGUCGGCAUACGAACAUUCCAUAAGAAUGAAUCUUCUUUCGGUAGCUGGAGAGAAGAAGUUGUGUCUGAUUGUGUACCAACAGGAGUAA